UGAACCCAGCUCAUUCUCUAUUGAAAGUUCAGGUCGACCGCUUCAGGCUCCAGUUCUCUAUAAAUUGUUUACUUUUAUGUGAAUUCUCGUGACGAAGCUCGUGCGCUUUUUAAAAUUAUUUGUGCAACGAAAUUUUUAGACUCGUGGACGACCCGGUUGCGAGUGCUGACCGGCCAGGAUGGAGAAGUUCGAGUGCAAGCCGGAGCCGGUGGAGCGGAAGGAGAAGCCGGUGGAGGAGCUGAUGAACUGGGACACCUACUACAAGCACCGCGGAUUGGUCAGCACCCGGCUGGCCAGCUGCAAGGCGGACUACAUGCACUGCUCCACGUACCAGGAGAAGGGCAAGGCCCAGGAGAAGGACAAGAAGGCUAAGGGCGGCUGCUGCUGCUCCUCCUGUCCGGUCCGGAACCGGGAAGAGGUGUACCAGCCCAGGUGCCCGGCUCCUGGCCAGAAGGGCAAGCCCAACCGGGACUACAUGCGCUGCUUUGCCGCCAAAUUGAUUGUCCAGAAGCUGGACAUGCCUGGCAGGGAUUUCGAGUGCCAGGACAAGCUGCAGGUCAAGGCGAAUGUGUGCCGUGGAUGCAAGAUCUGCCUCAGUUCCAGCAGCAUCAAUGUCAACUGUCUUCCUCUGAAUCCGGACAAGACAUUCCAGAUGGAAGCCGAGUGCCUGCAGCGGCAGCUGGCCGAAGGCAUCAACAUAUCCGUGGUCUACCUGCGCAAGGAGAUCGCACGCGGCUGCUACUUUCCACCCGCGGCGGUGGUCAGCCGCAUGAUCAACGAGUUCGACGAGAUCGUCCACGACGCCAAUGUGGAGCUGACCUGCAAGGGCUGCACCGUGGGCAUAAUGAACAUCCGCUUUGCCAUGCAGAUGCGCUGCCAGACGCUCAAAGAAGAUGCGGUCGAUGGACGAUUGGCGGGCGGCCAGGAGCGGGGGUGCUUUCCGAACCUGAAUGUGGAUCUCCAGGACGGCUCCACCUCCUCCAUUGAUCCCUGUGCGGGCUUCAUGCCCAGUGAUACGGAGAUGCCGCAGGAUUCGCCGCCUUGCAGUGAGGACAAGCACCAGAAAUUCGUGCCAUGUCAGGAUCCCCUCCCGCGUCUGGUUGACAUGGCUGGUCCCUAUCCCGUGUACUCCUGUCCCAACGUGGACGACGCUUGUGUGACCUUCGAGCCUCCGGCGGCUCCUGCCACUCAGUUCUCCUCCUGCCAACAGAACAUUCUAGGCGAGGGAAACGCCAACCGGCUGUGCCAGAAGCAUUCCUCGCCAAAACUGCGCCAAAUGCACAUCAGCAACACCCGCUCCUGCGUCCUUUGCGGCGAGGAUGUCUCCUGGCUGCCCAAGGUGGCCGCCUGUCCCUGCUGUGGCUAUAAGCCAGUGCCGGAGUUCAAGGAGCGACCCUACGACGAGCAGGCCACUGCCCAACAGAUUCUGCUGGACCAUCUGGAAAACCCCGUGGAGAGCAUCAGCUUCGAUAUGGGAUCGGUCGAGGGCUGUCCGGCGAAUGAGGAACACGCUGAUGCCCAACGCACCUCGGAAGCCUUUGAAGCGAUAGUGAAGGACUACCAGCUACUGCGGCGCAGCAUACGCGAGUCCAAUAUCAAGACCAGCCAGUCGGACGCCAAGAAUCCCAUUGCCCAAGCAGGUCCGCCCCAGCCGCAGGACUUGGCCAAGGUUUUUGCGGAGCUGAGAGAUCUGUUCAAUGUUAAAGCCGCGGAUGAGAGCCAGAAGAUCCAGGACAUCUGCACGGAGGCCUGCGUUUUGGCGAGGUCGCACAAAAAGCGCAAGAGUCGUGCUGCAUCUCCGGAAAGGCCGCAGGCUGGAAAGGAGGACUCCGUGGAGGAUGCCUGCGGAAAAGCGCCAAAGGCGAAGAAGCGUCGCCCGAAGAGGAAGCGUCCCUUCAAGUCCAGGUACUACUCAAUGUAUCGCCCGGCGGUGAAACCCAAGGAAACUAUGCCUACCCCGGACGCGGAGAAGAAGGUUCCCAGCCACAUGGGUUGGUUGUGGACCGCUCAUCCACUGGCCAACAAGCCCGGUUGGCGACCCGGCGCCAUACGGCGCUCCAUUCGCGGCCUAAUGAGCUACUUCCUUAAGGACUUUCCCGUGGACAAUGUGCCCGUGUCCAAGUACAUGUCCUACUACAAGCAUAAGAAGUCGCCGAGGCCUCCGCAGGGCGAGAGUCCGGAGGAUUUGGUGCAGGUUCCCACUUUGCACAUAGAGAAGAAGAACGAUGUGUACACCAUUACCCUGCGUCCUCUCAAGGAUGCCAAGACGCUCGCGCGCUCCGCCAAUCCCUACGUGAAAAUGAAGCCCGUUCAGUUCCGGAUCGUCAAGAAUCCGCUCUUGAAGGAGAUUCGCGAUCUGAAGCGCUGCCUCAAGGGAAUGGGAUUCAGCAAGUGCUCCUGCCACAAGCCCCUGAUGAACUGCUACUGCCGCAGUUUCGUGGACAAAAAGAGGCUGCUCUACCACGUGCGCAGGGAGUGCGAGCGCCGGAAGAUAGACUCCUGCGAGGAUGACCUCGUGCUAACGGACACAUCCGACAGCGAGGACGAGUUCGACUUCGGGGUCACGCCGCCGGCGGGCUUGAUGCGUCCGGAGCGGAUGAAGACCUCCCAUGUGAAGCACUGCGAGACGCAGUACAACGAGAGCGACUGGGUCAAUCCCAGCCUGUAUCCCCAUAUGCCCGAUGCCACGGUCCAGUACCAGAGCUGCGUGAUGGGUGAGCGGGAGAAGCCUUUUAAUUGGAUCUAUGGAAAGGGCGUUAUCCAGGAGGAGCCCAAGCCGCCCCUGAUGAGGAACAUCCCGAAGAAGCCCAAGAAGAAGAAGCCAGUACCAGGCCGUGUGGCUGGAGGUUUCUCGGCACCGGAUCCCCAGGAUUCCAGUGUCUACAGCCGCGUCAACAAUGCCGCCACCCAAAACAAGUUACGCAUGAUCGGGCCCAUUCGUAGUCCUCCGAACUACAGCACCGACUCGGAACUGCCACUGACUGGCAACCACAUGCGCCUCCUGGACCAGGCCGCCUAUCCACCCACCGCUCCUCAGCGCCAGGAGCCUUGGUCCCGGGAAAUGGCCAAUGAGCGGCAGCGGCAAAGAGUCAAGCGACGAACGAGGAAGAUGGUCCGAUUCGAUCCCACCCUCGGACCCCACUCCUCCGACAGUUCUAUCUACUGAUCUCCUUAGUCCGGGUCGCCCAUGCAUCCACAUCCCCACCCCCGUAGCCACAUACCAUUUUAGCCUGACCGUGUUCCGAUUAAAGUCCACCGCGUUAAAUUAUAAGUUUUAAUAAAUACAAAA